AUGGCAACGGUAGCCAAGGAGCCGGUGGCUUCUGAAAAGAAGCAGCGCCCCAGCGCUUUGCGAUCAGUCAUUGCUGGCUCAACGGCCGGUGCGAUUGAAAUCGUUGCAAAGACAAGGUCGCAGCUCAACAGGCGGCUAGCCGAGGGAAAGAAGCUGCCAUGGCCGCCGUUUGGAGCGCAGUGGUACGCGGGAUGCACCACGCUCAUCAUUGGCAACUCUGCCAAGGCAGGCAUUCGAUUCGUUGCCUUUGACCAGUUCAAGAGCCUGCUGGCUGAUGAAAAUGGAAAGCUUUCUGGCCCACGAACCGUUCUGGCCGGCUUCGGUGCUGGUGUAACCGAGUCGCUGCUUGCUGUAACUCCAACCGAGAGUAUCAAGACUACUCUCAUCGACGACCGCAAAUCUGCCAAACCUCGCAUGCGCGGCUUCCUCCACGCCGUCCCCAUCAUCGCCCGCGAGCGUGGUCUCCGCGGCUUCUUCCAAGGCUUCGUCCCUACAACAGCCCGUCAAGCCGCGAACAGCGCAACCCGCUUCGGCGCAUACAACUUCUUCAAGCAGAUUGCCGAGUCUUACACCGCGCCGGGAGAGAAGCUCGGUGCCGUCGGCACCUUUGCCAUGGGCGGCCUUGCCGGCCUGGUCACGGUGUAUGUGACGCAGCCUCUGGACACAGUCAAGACGCGCAUGCAGAGCAUCGAGGCCAAGAGCAUGUAUGGCAACACAUUCAGAUGCGCGGCCAUGAUCUUCAAGCAAGAGGGCAUCUUGACAUUCUGGAGCGGAGCGCUGCCCCGGCUAGCGAGAUUGGUAUUGAGCGGAGGCAUUGUGUUUACCCUGUAUGAGAAGAGCAUGGACCUAAUGAACAAGAUGGACCCUGAAAUGAAGUACAUCUAA